GACAACCCGCAAAUGUUUCGGACCCACAGUACAAUAGUAAUAUUCCUCCCAUAAAUCCACUUCCCCCCCUCCUGUCCAACUUUCGGCUUCAAAGCUUCCGCAGCUUCUCCCUCCUUUUCCACCCAAAUCUUUCCAACAAUGGCGGACCACGAUGUUAUCACCCCUCUACUAUCCAACCACGGCCUCUCCCAGCCGUCCGAUGAACCCCAACUAAUUAUAACCGUCGACGGCGAUGGCUGCUCCGAUCAACGAUUCCCAGAUCGACCCACUAACCAAAAUGGCCAAACGAACAAUAUCCAGUUAGGGAUAGAGAACCCGUUUGAGUUUCUUGGUGCGAGUAGGAUCCACGUGCCGCCCACGUGCACAAUUGACCCGUUCCGCAACCACACGCCGAGGAUUGAAGGGGUUUACGAGUGGUUGAAGAUCUUGGUUUGCGUCCCCAUUGCUAUACUGAGGCUUUUGUUGUUUGGGUUGUCUUUGUUGGUUGGGUAUUUGGCUACAAAGUUUGCUUUAUAUGGUUGGAAGGAUAAGCAGAAUCCAAUGCCUAAGUGGAGGUGUAGGCUCAUGUGGGUCACCCGGAUUAGUGCUCGGUGCAUCCUCUUUUCAUUUGGCUACCAUUGGAUAAAACGUAGAGGAAGACCUGCUCCGAGGGAGACUGCUCCUAUUGUUGUAUCUAAUCAUGUAUCUUAUAUUGAACCUAUUUUCUUCUUCUACGAAUUGUUUCCCACCAUUGUUGCAUCUGAGUCCCAUGAUUCCAUACCUGUUGUUGGGACCAUUAUUAGAGCAAUGCAGGUUAUAUACGUUAAUAGGUUCUCCCCAUCAUCAAGGAAGCAUGCUGUUAGUGAAAUAAAGAGAAAGGCUUCUUCUGGAAGAUUUCCUCGUUUGCUUCUAUUUCCUGAGGGAACGACAACAAAUGGAAGACUCCUUAUGUCUUUCCAACUUGGAGCAUUUAUCCCUGGUUACCCAAUCCAGCCGGUGGUUGUUCGUUAUCCUUAUGUACACUUUGAUCAAUCCUGGGGAAAUAUUGCUUUGGCGAAGCUCAUGUUUAGAAUGUUCACCCAGUUUCACAAUUUCAUGGAGGUUGAGUAUCUUCCUGUUAUUUCAACCCUCAAAAAUCAGAAGGAAAAUGCAGUCCGUUUUGCUGAGAAGACUGGCCAUGCUAUUGCUACUUCUCUUAAUGUCAUGAAAACAUCUUAUUCCUAUGGAGACUUUAUGCUGCUUGCAAAAGCUUCCGAGUCCAAACAGGAAAACCCCAGACUUUAUAUGGUCGAAAUGGCAAUGGUGGAAUCGAUGUUCCAUUUAAGCAGUAUGGAGGCUGUGGACUUUCUGGAUACAUUUCUUUCCAUGAAUCCAGAUACCAGUGGACAUGUUAAAAUAGAUGACUUCUUCAGGGUUCUGAGAUUGAAGACUUGCAGCUUUACUGAAAGGAUAUUUGGGCUCCUUGAUGUCGAGAAAAGGGGUGAAAUAACAUUCAAACAGUUCCUAUUUUGGUCAGCUCAUGUCCUAAAGAAACCAUUAUUUAGACAAGCCUGUGAGUUUGCCUUCAACGAGUGUCACACUGAUGGAAAUCAAUACAUUUCAGAGCAAGAAUUAGGAGAUUCCAUUAAGCUGUCGAUUCCAAACUUGGAGCAAUAUGAGAUUCAUGACCUUGCCAACUUAUUUGACAACGACCAUGACGGAAGGAUCAGCAGGGAAGAUUUCUUUGCCUGUUUAAGGAGAAAUCCGCUGCUCAUUGCACUCUUCUCGCUGCUGUUAAUACACAAGAACUUUCAGCCCUCACUAAAGGAGGUGGUGUGAUGUGGUAACCAAGCUGGGUUAGUUUUUGUUGCAAGUUUUGGUUCUUUGGAACAGUUUGGCUCUUUCACAUAGGAGCGGAAUGAGGCACAUCGUAACGAUUUGUGGCUGUGUUUUGAAUUUUGCAGCAUUGUUAUAAAUGGGCUGACAUGUUAAAUAUUUUACUCCAUAUAAUAUCUUUGCUUCUUAUGUGGCUCCUCGCGUAGUAUUUUUGGAUCUCAUUAUAUUUUGAAAGAAUUCAUGUAAUGUUGGUCGUCAUAUUGUAUUUUUAAUGUUUUAGGUUUUGUUGAAAAUCUUAUCCCACAGAGAUUUUAUUUU